AUGAGUGUUGAAGUGCGCGAUUAUGCGCAGCCAGAAGCUGUCACCAGUUCUCCCUCCGAUAUUGAGGCUCUGUCAGCCUUUCCCACUCUCGAACGCAAAUCCACCGCGCCAAGUUCCCCGCCCGAUGUGACGGGCCUUCAUCGAACUGAGUCUCAAGACUUCAUUAGGCGCCGUGCCAAACGAUCAAAUACCGCCCGUUCAUAUCAUCGUGGGGGAAGUGUCUCGGCAAGCAAUAAUAAUUGGCACCCAGGGGACGAACCCGGACUUGAUCCAGGUGAACCUCUUCCCCCAUAUCGUACUGGAGGAGAAACGUUACUUCAAGAGAGACAUAUACGAUGUGAUAUUACUGUUGUGGAUUUCUCUCAGGAUGACAUGCGAAUGUAUCAUCUGAAUAAUGAAACAUUACGGCCGUUUCUGAAGAAGGAAAGGGACCCGUGGGUGCUCUGCCGUUGGAUUAAUGUCAACGGGUUAAGUUGGGACGUUGUUAGCUUGCUGGCCAGCCAUAAGGGCCUGCAUAGAUUGGCCAUUGAGGAUUUAUUGCACUCUGUGAAUCGUACGAAAGUAGACUGGUUCUCAGACAACACCUUUAUAGUCCUUGCGAUGCAAAAGCUGGUUAAACUUCAGUCAAAUGGUCAUUUUGCUGAUUUUGACGGAGAAAGCGACACUGAUAACGGACACGACCAGACAUUUGAGAAGCCAGGAUACAAGUUAAAGAGAAAGCAGCAACCCGCAAGGAAACGAGGGGUAAUUAUGUCUGCUAUUGCAGACCUCCUAUCACCUUCUCGUGAGAAGAGAAAACCAGGAGCAUCCAAGGGAGACAUUCCAAUUGAAACUUUAUUUGCUGAAGAUAAGCCCUUGACAAUGGACGAGUCACGCCUGAGAAAGUUACGAACUCUGCAGCGGUACAGAGGAGGCCCAAAUGAGGACCGUAUUGAUUUUAUGGAACGUCACGCCUUUCUAUAUUUCCUUCAUGCGGACAAUACCGUGACCUCCUUCUUCGAAGCUAGUGCCGAGGAUAUUGAGAUGCCAAUAGUCCAACGACUGACAUCCCCCGAAACGAUCUUGAGACAGUCCUGCGAUGCAAGUAUGGUCGUCCAGGCUAUACUCGACGCUAUCGUUGAUUUAGCCAUUCCCGUCACGGUGGCAUAUCAAGACGCAAUUGGAGAUUUGGAACUGAAUGUCCUCACUGACCCGGAUAUCAACCAAUCUACGAACCUCUAUAUACUAACCUCCGAAAUUGCGGUUUUGCGCAACGCCAUGCAACCCUUAACUGGUGUUGUGAAUGCUCUUCGGGACCACAAAUCUGAGCCAGCGUCUCGUAAAGGACCGACAUUUAAAACCAUUUUUACAAAUUCGAUACCUCUGCUGUCUGUGGACCCAACGCCCAGCAAAUCAAGCACCCCCGAUCCGGAAGGGAUUAAAAUGCCCACUGUAGUCCGAAUUAGCCCCAUGUGUUAUACUUAUUUGGGUGACGUUUUGGACCACUGUAUCACUAUUACGGAAGAAUAUGACCAAAUGAGACGAUCAGCGGAUAAUAUGAUUGACCUUACCUUUAACACUAUUGGAGCCUACCAAAACGAAAGCAUGAAACAGCUCACUAUUGUGACGUGUAUGUUCCUGCCGCUGACAUUUCUUACGGGAUACUUUGGAAUGAACUUUGCCCGGUUUAAUGGUGUGCAAAACCAUAGCGAUGCCUUCUUCUGGCCAAUUGCCAUCCCAUUUGUUAUCGUCACGACUGCAAUAUUAAUGCGUGACAUGAUUCAACGAUACCUCAUGAGACGUGCACAACAACGCCUUAUCAACAUCUCACGGAAGCGACGACAAAAGCCUCGCUCUGAGUAG